AUGGCUGCCCAUCAAACCAUCGAUUCUCGCCACCACCAUUAUUUGAUGCAUUCCAGUCGAAUCUUCUCGAACUCCACCGCUUUCCACGUGGCGUUACUUGCGCUGGUGCUCGCUGCAUGGGUGGCGACCUGCAGAAGCCAACCCGCGCUUCCACAACCAACAAGCCCCAAAUGUGACUAUAGCGAUGGCGAGUGGACAUACUCCAAGACGAACCCUCGAUACAGGGGCUGUCCGUACAUUCGCGAGAUCUUCGACUGCAGAGACAAUGGGCGGGGCGACCGGCAGUGGGAGAAGCAGAAGUGGUCGCCCCGCUAUUGCGCGAUGAAGUACUUUAACGCGGCCAGAUUCCAGAAGCUCAUGGCUAACAAGACUAUCGCGUUUGUUGGUGACUCGUUAAUGAGCAACAUGUGGGAGAGCUUCUCAUGUCUGCUAUGGGGAUACCACGUCAAGAUGCUGCCCGUGCAACAACGACUGGGUCCCGAGGCGAAAUUCACAGGCUUCCACCUACCCCUAUCCAACACGACCAUAUUAUACCACUUCUCAUCCUACCUUACCAAGGCGACGAGAAGCGAAGGGCGAGACCCCCUGCACGGAGGCAGACACGGCUACACUGUUGACAUUGAUGUAGUGGACCCCGUUUUAAGCGCAGCCGUUUCUAAAGCGGAUGCGGUGGUGCUGACGAGCGGGAUGUGGUGGCAGGCGAACGUUCCUGGAAGGAAGGCUACGAACAUUUACAAGAUGCAAGGCGUGGAUGUACUGUACUCUGACUUAAACGCGUACAAGAAGUCGCUGUACACAGUGCGAGAACUGCUGCUGAAACACAAGUCAAGCCUGCUCUCGUACUAUAUCUCCUUCUCCCCCCAGCACAAGUUUGAGCCCCGCUACGCCUCCAUGCCUGGCGCAUGCGGUUACAGCCUCCCCCUCAACCAAUCCGCAGCAAAGGCCUUUCUCAACAACCAGGCAGCCAGCGCAAUCACUUACGAAGCAGCACAGCGCCAGGUGUUCUCUUUCCCGACUCCUGUCAGGCUUAUAGAUAUUACCGAAAUUUCUGCAGCCAGGCCGGAUGGGCAUGUGGGGCAGUUUGGGGCGAAGGGAGGCUUGCCUGCGGGGCAGGUUGCAGAGAGAGGGGAUUGCAGGCACUGGUGCUUGCCAGGAGUUCCUGACGCCUGGGUGGAUUUGCUUUAUACGGCCUGGGAGAGUGAGCCUGCACUUGUGAUCCCGGCCAACAAAAAGGAGUAA